AAGCCCCAGGGCAUGCAGCGGGCUAGUGGGGACCCAAAGGACCCCAAGCAGAAACACUUUCACACACCAGAGAGUGCUUUCUCCUACCGAUACCGACCCAGAGUUAUUGAGAGAGACACCUUAUCCUUCCCUACAGUAGUUUACUCCCAAAGUGCAUACUUCGAUGAAAGCGAGGACAAGAAGAAGACGGCGAAGCUCGAUGACGACAUCGUCCAGGCAACCCGCUACCCGAGCGGGUUCCGCCCUCAACCAGACUUCCCAUCCAGAAUCGAGCGAGACGAUUGGCCAGGACCUCCCUCUCCUGCUGCCACAGCGGUGAAGGCUCGUAGCACGGAGGUUAGUCGUGAGGAUAUUAUCAGGAGCAUGAGAAUGCCUGCGGGGUCUCCCAGUGUAGGCAGCAGGGGGGACAGCUGUUCACCUCCGACCUCUCCGUUCAGAGAUGCCUCCUCUCCGUGGCUCAGUAGUCCUGUGCCGUAUGAGCCAGCCCCCCUGAGUCAGGGGUUUAUAGCCAGUCUGCAGAGGUUUCCCUCGGGUAAGAGCCCCACACAGACAGACGAUGUUUUCUGGCCUCCACAGGAGGCUGAAGAUGAAGAAGACAUUUUCCUAAAAAAUGUUAUAAAGCAACAACGUUUCCCAUCCGCCACGGGCCCAGAGGAUUCUGAGUAUGAAAAUUCCUAUUCCAUGGGAAGGAAGACACUGGGUUCUGUCUAUUCACCAUCAACAAGUGUUGGCAAGUCAGUAGGCCGUGUAGAUGUAAUAAAAAUGCAGCGAACACCGGCUGCCCGACCUAAGACCCCAGAAGACCUGUUACCUGUGGAGAAGGAUGAUUGGCCUGCGCCACACGCCGACUUCUACUACGGGCGACUAAGACGCUCCACUUCCCCGCUGGAAGACCUUGAUCGGCGCCGUGAGCAGGAACACAAGAAGGUUGUGGAAGAGUGUCAGUCUGGGCUCGGCAAGAUGAUCCAUGAAAGACAUGCAACCUGCAGACAUCGGAGACAUGGACCCGCGCAGCGCUUCUCGAGUCCCGCCCGCCGACCACGAACCACCGUUCAAACCAAGAUACGACUCCCACCGUGGACGCUCU